CCCUGUCUGUGUCUCCCCCGCGCGCCCCGCACCUCGCAUCCCCGCUUUGCUCCCAUCCCAUCCCGCGCCUCCUUGGCAGCCGCAGCGCAUGGAGAGCUCUGCCAAGAUGGAGAGCGGCGCGGGUCAGCAGCCGCAACCCCAGCCGCCCUUCCUGCCGCCCGCAGCCUGCUUCUUUGCCGCGGCGGUGGCUCAGGGCGCCCAGCAGCAGCAGCAGCCGCAGCCGCAGGCUCCGCAACUGAGCCCGGCGGCCGGCGGCCAGCCGUCGGGGGGCGGCCACAAGCCGGCGCCCAGGCCGGCGAAGCGCCCGCGCUCGUCCUCGCCCGAGCUGAUGCGCUGCAAGCGACGGCUCAACUUCAGCGGCUUCGGCUACAGCCUGCCGCCGCAGCAGCCGGCCGCCGUGGCGCGCCGCAACGAGCGCGAGCGCAACCGCGUCAAGCUGGUCAACCUGGGCUUCGCCACGCUGCGCGAGCACGUCCCCAACGGCGCGGCCAACAAGAAGAUGAGCAAGGUGGAGACGCUGCGCUCCGCCGUCGAGUACAUCCGCGCGCUUCAGCAGCUGCUGGACGAGCACGACGCCGUGAGCGCUGCCUUCCAGGCCGGCGUCCUGUCGCCCACCAUCUCCCCCAGCUACUCCCACGACAUGAACUCCAUGGCCGGCUCCCCGGUGUCGUCCUACUCGUCGGACGAGGGCUCCUACGACCCCCUGAGCCCCGAGGAGCAAGAGCUGCUGGACUUCACCAACUGGUUCUGAUGGGGGCUCUGCCUGGGCCAGGCCCUGGCGCAGAAUGGACUUGGCUAAGCAGGGCGACUGCACAACCUGCAUCUUUCGUGCUUACUCGUCAGUGAUGCUGGGAGAAAGAAAAAAAAAAGAGAGAGAAGAAAAAAAUAAAAUAAAAGCAGGCAACCAACCCCAAGGCCAACCAAGGGACGCAGGCCUGCGAAGCAAGGCUCUCACAAAGCAGGGAUGAGCUCAGAACUGUCUCGUUGCACUCCAGUCACUCACGGAGAUUGGAAGAGUGACCAGGACCAGAGUCCAUGUGCAAAACGCUGCGCAUGUGCAAAGGCAUGGAGCUCCUGGCGGAAGAGAGCAGAACUGCCCCAUAGAAACUCCCACCCACCACUAGCAGGCAGCGCUAGAAGAGCUGGUUCCCUGGGGUGUCUUCACCUCCCCGCCCACUUUUGAAAGUUGAGUUCUUAACUCUCCAGCCAAGGGUUGCCAUCUUUCCUCUCAGUAUUCCCCGUCCCAGUACGCAGUGGACCUCCUUCUGCAGCAAAACGAAACUCUGCUGUACUCAGUCCUUUGACACCCCAUCCUUGGGCCUCUUCCCCAAACCCCACUCCCUCACAACCAUCUUUUCUACCAUGUUCAUCAUAGGAUGCUUCCAAUCUUUUGUGAAUUUUUUUAUUAUAAGAAAAAUCUAUUUGUAUCUAUCCUAACCAGUUUGGGGAUAUAUUAAGAUAUUUUUGUACAUAAGAGAGAAAGAGAAAAAAAUUUAUAGAGUUUUGUACAAAUGGUUUAAAAAUGUGUAUAUCUUGAAACUUUAACAUGUAAUGCUAUUACCUCUGCCUAUGUUAGAUGUGUAGUUCACCUUACAACUGCCAUUUUCUCCUGUGUGGUUUUUGUCCAGAACUCUCCUCCCAGAGAAGGUCAAAAGGCCACCGGAUGUACUUAAAGCACCAACGUGUCUUACUUUAGAGGAACUUUGUUAAUGUAUUAAUGAUGUGAUGAAAUACUGUUCCAGAACAAAGUUUAUGCAGCUACUGUCCAAACGCAACGUGGCAGCCAGUGCUUUUGAAAAAAAGGUUGCCUUUUGGGAAAAUUUCUAUCACUGCCUUUUUUUUCCUUACUGUUUUAUUACAAACUUACAAAAAAAAAAUCCACCUGUAUAACCCUGUUUUAUACAAACUAGUUUCGUAAUAAAACGUUUUUUCUUUCUUUCUUCUUUUCUUUUUU